AUGAUAUCGUCUUAAGUUUAAUUUCUGUUAUAAAUGAUAAUCAUGAUAAUUAAACAUUACCAUACAUAAUUUAUGUUUAAAAUUUCAAACUAAAACAUAAAAGUCUUACAUAUCUUCAUAGUACCGUAAAAUGCAUGCUCCAAUUUGAUCCUGUACAUGAUGUUAUACAUAAUUAGCAUAAGUUCAAAAUCUUAUGAAUCGAUUAAGAUUUAUUAAAAAGAAUGGAUUCAAGACAUAGCUCUUUCAUAUAAAAGCAUUUUAUUUUUACAUGCUUUAAGGUAGGCUUAACAGGCCCAUACGGGGUCAGUUUCUUUUAAUAACUCUUCUUUGCUAUGCUGCAUGGUUAUAUUACCUACUGAGUUUUUAUAUUCAGGUUUUUAUAUUUAACUCUCCAAUACCCCCUAGAACCUUAGAUAUUGGCAAUUACUCGAAACUACCUUUUAAAUUUCUUAAAAUCCUUAUAAUAAGGAUUAUUCUUAAAAGUGAAACUCCAAACAUAACUUCUUUUAAUUCAGGGGAAUCAAUCUGUAAAUUUUGUCGUGUGAUCAACUCGAUUUCUUGAUUUUUUUGAAUUUUACCCAAAAAUGGAGAAAAAUCGGAUUUUUAGGAAAUUUGAAAAUUGACAUAAAAAACUUUAAAACUGACUUUAAAAAGACAACGUAAAAACUGAAAAAUAUGGUAAAUAACUUUUAUUUGGCUACCAGAACCUUUAAACAGAAUGUAAUAAUUCGCUCUAAAAUUAAAGUAAUUGAAUUUUAACCAGAUGUGGUAUUUUGGACAAAUUUCAAGCUCCCAAUGACGUCACAGAAAAAGUGCUGAAGUUUACCUAAGUUUCAUUGAAUAUGGAAAAGUGUAUUAAGUUGUGGAGCCAGUCAUAAUAUUUUUGAAAAAUCCUGGACUAUUAUAGGGUUUAAAUGGACCCAUUUAAAGAAAAUAAGAAAAAUGCUAAAAAAAUUAUAUUGAAAUUUUUCAGGGUGUUAAGGAGUAUUGAAGACUUAGCAUACAACAAUAAUUUGUACUAUAAAAUGACUUUCUUAACAUAAAUUUUUAUAUUGGUCAUCUUCGUAUUUAUUGUAUGUAUUUAUCAUUUAAAUUAAAGAAAGCCAUAAUUUCAAAAAAUUAUUAAAUUUAAUUUCAUGUUUAGAACGGAAUUUCUAACAGAAGAAUGCUUAGUCUAACGACAGAAUAUUUUUUUGUAAUUCUUUUAGACACAUAAAACCAUCACUUUAAGCACUAGUUCACAAGCUUGAGAUACUUUGGAUACCUUGGACAGAUUUCUUUUAUACAAAGAAUGAUUUACAUAAAACUAUCUUGUUUUUCAAUGCUACUUCUGUCUCUUCUGAGUCAAUUCUUUUAUUGCUUUGAAGGAACGCAUCUAAAUUCUAUUUAAAGGUCUGAGAUCUUUUGACUUUACAGUUUUUCCUUCAGUGUAAGCCAUAGAAAUAUUUGGCUUUGCAACAAAUGUAGGCUCACGCAAAAGAUUUAAAUGUUUUAACCUUUUUUUAGAUCAUGACUCAGUCAAUAAUAAUACAAGUAGGACAAUGUGGCAACCAGAUUGGUUACCGAUUUUGGGAUGCUGCAUUAAAGGAGCACUCUAGUGUAAACAAAGAAGGCGUGUGUGAUGAAUCUCUGUCAAGUUUUUUUGAGAAUGUUGAUCAUCAUACUGGCCAAACAAUACCUAUUGAUAAUGGUAAACAUAAAAUUCAACAGUUGAAAGCACGUGCUGUUUUGGUUGAUAUGGAGGAAGGUGUUGUUAAUGAAAUCAUGAAAAGUUCUCUGAGGAAUAUCUUUGAUAACCAGCAAUUGAUAACAGAUGUUUCAGGAGCUGGAAAUAAUUGGGCAGUUGGACAUUAUGAAUAUGGUGAAAAAUAUAGGGGAAAAAUAUCAGAAGUAAUUCGGAAAACAGUCGAGAAAUGCGACUGUUUACAAUGUUUUUUUUGUAUACAUUCAAUGGGCGGAGGGACUGGCUCUGGGGUUGGUACAUAUGUUUUACGCUUAUUGCAAGAUGAGUAUGCUGAUGUUUUUCGAUUUGUCACAGCCGUUUACCCGUCUGAAGAUGAUGAUGUCAUCACAUCACCAUACAACAGUGCCUUAGCAAUGUAUCAAUUGACUCAAGGUUCUGAUGCUGUAAUACCCAUUGAAAAUCAAGCACUGAUGAAUAUUGUUAAACGGAUCACCCAACAUGCACCUAAGAAGACAGGAAAACGAACAUUUGCAAAUACAGGAGGUUUAAGUGGUUUCCAAUCUAAAACAAUAAACAAUAUAAAAACCAAUCAAGAUGACAAGAAGGAAAAGCCAUUUGACAGUAUGAAUAACAUUGUAGCUGACCUGAUUUUAAACCUCACCAGUUCAUCUCGGUUCGAAGGAUCUUUAAAUGUAGAUUUGAAUGAAAUAUCAAUGAAUCUUGUCCCAUUUCCAAAACUACAUUACCUGACAUCCAGCAUUACGCCAUUAUAUUCGUUAUCUAAUAUUCAUAUGCCACCUCGAAGAUUAGAUCAAAUGUUUACAGAUGCUUUUUCAAAAGAUUACCAACUUUUACAAGCAGAUCCAAAACAUGGACUAUACCUCGCAUGUUCUUUAAUGCUACGGGGUGAUGUAGAAAUUUCAGACAUAAGACGUAACAUUGAUCGUUUAAGAACCAAUCUGAAUUUUAUAUAUUGGAAUCAAGAAGGUUGGAAAACAGGCCUGUGUUCCAUACCCCCUGUUGAUCAACAUCGGUCUCUGUUAGCACUAUCAAACAACACUUGCAUGCAGCAUUCCUGCCUGGACAUUCGCAACAGGUUCAUGAAGCUUUACAAGAGAAAAGCUCACAUACACCAUUACACAAAAAUAGGAGGAUUUGAAGAUAGUUUGUUUACAGAGAGUAUCGAAUCUUUAGAUUGGCUUAUUAGUGAAUAUGAAACUUUAGAAUCAACUGUUUUAAAUCCUCCUCAAUGUGUAGAGAGGUUGCAGAUAGCUUAAUCAAUGUUUUAGUGCAGAUGAGUCCCUGCUUUAUUUAUAGU